GCCAGUGUUGGUGUGAGAGGCUGCCGGGUGGUGACUGCCCAGGAGCAGUGACAGCAUUUCCAGCAAAUAAAGGAACUAAAAGUGAUUGUCGGAGUCAGGGAGGACACAGGAAGUUUCUCUGGGCUGUUUUGCAAGUUCACGCUCUAUUUCUGCAAAUAAGGAGUUUCUUUUUUGGCACUUCAUAAAGUGACUUUGAAUCAGGAACACCAAAGGCUGAGACGUUCUCUGACAAAGAUGGGGGAGAAGAAGUAUAAAAAGGCUGUUGUUGAAGAGAUGAAGGUGGAGGUGCUCUUUGAAAAUGAAGCAUCAUACGAGCCAGAUGACAAAGCUGAUUACCCUCCUGCUGGGACGAACUCCAUCUACUCUGCUAUUCUGAGCAGGAACGAGGCUGUCAAGGAUGCCAAGCGCCUUAAGACUUUUCUGGAGCUGCGGGACAAAUACGUGAAGAAGGGGGUGGUGUUUGAAGACCCCCUGUUUCCUGCUAAUGACUCCUCACUCUUCUACAGCCAUAAACCCCCCAUUAAGUUUGAGUGGAAACGUCCCUCGGAAAUUUCUGAAAACCCCCACUUCAUCAUAGAUGGAGCCAACAGGACCGACAUCUGUCAAGGAGAAUUGGGUGACUGCUGGCUGCUGGCCGCCAUCACCUGUCUGACAUUGAACGAGAAGCUUCUGUACAGAGUGAUUCCUAAGGACCAGAGCUUCACUGAAAACUACGCCGGCAUCUUCCACUUCCAGUUCUGGCGUUAUGGCGAGUGGAUCGAUGUGGUCGUGGACGACCGCAUCCCCACCUGGAACAACAAGCUGGUUUUCACCAAAUCUUUCAGAAAGAACGAGUACUGGAGCGCUCUUUUGGAAAAAGCCUAUGCCAAGUUGCACGGGUCCUAUGAGGCACUCAAAGGAGGUAACACUUUGGAUGCCAUGGAGGAUUUCACAGGGGGAGUUACAGAGUUCUUUGAGUUGUCCGAGGCGCCCAAAGACCUCUACAGCAUCAUGAGGAAGGCGCUGGAGAGAGGCUCGCUGAUGGGCUGCUCCAUAGAUGUUUUUUCAUCUGUUGAACUGGAGAGUCGGACUGAUCAUGGGCUGGUCAGGGGUCAUGCCUACUCCAUCAUAGGCCUGGCGGAGUGUGACGAGGUCGUAAAAGACGCCAAAGUUCGCCUGAUUCGCCUGCGCAAUCCCUGGGGUCGUGUGCUGUGGAAAGGACCAUGGUGUCCAAAUUCAAAGGAAUGGUCGGCCAUUUCCGUCGCAGACAAGGAAAACUUAAAGAAACAGACCGUAGAGGAGAGUGAGUUCUGGAUGUCUUUUGAUGAUUUCAAGAGGAACUUCACAAAACUGGAGAUGUGUAACUUGACCCCGGACACCCUGCAGGGUGAUGAAAGGAACAGCUGGUCAGUGUCGGUCAACGAAGGUCGCUGGGUGAGAGGCAGCUCUGCUGGCGGCUGCAGGAACUUCCCUGAAACAUUCUGGACAAACCCUCAGUAUCGGAUGCAACUGUUCGAGGAGGAUGACGACCCAGAGGACGGGGAGGCACUCUGCACUGUAGUUGUGGCUCUGAUGCAGAAAGGUCGAAGGAUGCAGCGCCAUCAAGGAGCCAGAUUCCUCACCAUUGGAUUUUCCAUCUAUGAGGUGCCGAAGGAGAUGUGUGGAAAAGAUCAACACCUGCAGAAGGACUUCUUCCUGUACACAGCCUCCAAAGUGAAAUGCAAGACCUACAUUAAUCUGCGGGAGGUGACGGAGCGCUUCCAUCUACCCCCAGGAGAGUAUGUCAUCAUUCCCACGACCUUUGAGCCCCAUCAAGAGGGAGAGUUCAUUCUCAGGGUCUUCUCUGAGAAGCGGAGCACGUCUGAGGAGACAGAGAACUCAAUCGGGUCUAACCAAAUACAGCAAGACAAGAAAAAGAAAGACAAGCCUAUUGUAUUUGUGUCAGACAGAGCACGAGCCAACAAAGAAAUUGAGCAUGACGGCAUCGAGGGGGAAAGGAAAAAGAAACCAAAGCGAAAACUGCUCGAAUCUGAGGAGGAGACUGAAGAGGAAAAACAGUUCAGAGCCAUUUACAGGCAGAUUGCUGGUGAGGACAUGCAGGUCUGUGCAAAUGAGCUCAAGAUGAUCAUGAGGAACGUACUCUCCAAACAUAACGAUAUAAAGACAGAGGGUUUCAGCCUUGAGACAUGUCGGAGUAUGAUCGCCUUGAUGGAUACUGAUGGGACGGGAAAGCUGAACCUGCAGGAGUUCAAACAUUUGUGGAAAAAGAUCAAGGAGUGGCAGCUGAUCUUCAAACGUUACGAUAAAGACAAAUCUGGCUCCAUCAGUAGUUUUGAGAUGAGGAACGCUGUUAAAAAUGCAGGGUUUAACCUCAACAGACAGCUGUAUGACAUCAUAGCCAUGCGCUACGCAGACGAACAGCUCAACAUCGACUUUGACAGCUACAUCUGCUGUUUUGUGAGACUAGAGGGCAUGUUCAGAGCUUUUAAUGCCUUUGACAAAGACGGAGAUGGAGUAAUCAAGCUCAACGUCCUGGAGUGGCUUCAGCUCACCUUGUAUUCUUAAGCCACCUUCUUGACCACUGAUGUAGCUGCAGACAGCUGGAGCUCACGUUAAUGACACAACUCUCCUGGACAACAACUUAACUUUAUUUUUUCUUCAGCAUUACUGAACAAACUGUAUUUUUGCACAGGUGCACAACAAAGUCUUGAGGUCAAAAUUUGACACUUGAUCAUUUCUCCAGUUUUACGUGACAUUUAAAUUUCAGUCAUCACUCAGACUAUGAUGGUUUAGGUUUAAUGUCAGCUUAAUUUUAGCUCAUUUUUAGGCAACUGACAUCCUAUCAGUAUUAGGCUGAUUCCUGAAACGUCAUCAGAUUUCUCGACCCUACACUGCUGAUGAGAGUGACAUACUUUGCUGAAUGCUGAAGUCAGUGUAACCUGAUAAUCAUGUUACAUUAGUGUCUGGUAUGAAGCAGUGAUGGGCGGCGAAGCGGAGAGUUGACCUUUGUAAGUCUCAUGUCAGAAAUAACAUAUGGUUAGUAAUGCACAGAUGCAAAUGCUGAAUAAUGUUAGAAUAUAAAGAUUGAGUGUAUGAACACUGUUUGACAAGAGAAAUACUGAAUGUGCUGUACAUUGUUUUUAAAAUAAACUGAAGUGAACACUGUAAA